GAGGGGCAACUUCUGCCAGCCGCUAUCUGAGACCCCUGCUACCUGCAGCUACAAGGGUCCCUGGACCGGCUGCAGAUGCAAAGAAGCCGCAACAAAAAAUUUGGAGUAACAGCUGUAGAUUCAACCAGACGAUACGGAGGUAUUGCCUUAUAGACCGCAGCAACGGGCCAAACACAACAGAAAUGGCUCCUUCAAAGAAAUCGAGGGCUUCGGCAGGGGCCUCGCUAUCUCUCAAGACUUCAAACAAGCUCAAGCGGCAACAACUCUAUGUCGCACAUAAGAAGACGACCGGCAAAGCCCGUCACGAGGAGAGGCAUCGAAGACGCAAGGAAGAGGCCAAGGACCCCGAGCUGAGGAGAAAGCGGCUCGAAAGCAACCAACCUGCGAGUCUUGACAAGAAGAGGAUAUGGGACGACGUUGACGAUGACAGCCUGGGUGCUGUGGUGGAUGUCGUUCAGUUGAAGCGCCGGCGUCUAGCAGCGGAGGAGGCUGCUGCAGCCGCAGAGGCGGAUGGCGUGACGGAAGGGGCUAUGGAAAGAGAUGACGAUGUUGACAGCAUGCUUGGAUCAGAUGAGGAGGAGGACGACGAGGAGCGGAUGGAAAAGUUACAGAGGCAGCGUGCACAGAGGAACCCCAGCAUCGCUCCUUCGACAACAUCCACGAAUCUAGACCUGACCCCAGACGCCCUCGCAGCUCAAUUCAAGCAUCUAUUCAGUGAUGAACCACCAUCGAUGCCAAAAGUCCUCGUGACAACCUCCCUCAACGCAACAAUACACAGGGAGGCGCAGGAAAUUGCCGCGGUUCUUCCGAAUGCCACCUACAUCAGACGCAGCGCCCACCGCUACGGACACAAGUACAGCGUGCGGGAGAUUGCAAAGUUUGCGAAGAACCGAGGAUAUACCGCCUUGCUGGUAGUCCACGAAGACCAGAAGCGGCCAAGCCAGCUCAGCGUUUGCCACUUAAAUGGCGAGGAUGCGGCGCCUGGCCCGACACUCACCUACACCAUUCGGAACUACCAGCCUGGCAAAGUAAUACCCGGCCACGGCAAUGCCACCAAUCACUAUCCGGAACUGCUCCUCAACGGCUUCAAGACUCCUUUGGGUCUACUGACAGCCAAGUCGAUGCACACGCUCUUCCCCUCCAAGCCGGAACUGUCCGGCAGGCAGGUUGUGACACUGCACAAUCAGCGUGAUUACAUCUUCUUCCGUCGGCACCGGUAUAUCUUCCGAGAAGCGCGGCCCACAGAGAAGAAUGUUGUGGGCGCCGAUGGCAAGGAGAUGGAGGGAGUGAAAGGUAUCCGCGCCGGGUUGCAGGAGAUUGGGCCAAGAAUGACCCUGAAGCUGCGGAGAGUGGACAAAGGGAUAGGGAGAGCGGGCAGCGAGGGUGAGGAUGCCCUGAAGUGGGAGUGGAAGGCCAAGAUGGAAAAAAAGCGAACUCGGUUCAACCUGUAAGGAGAGUGAGACAAUGUGAUACCCUGGCUGUCAGUCAUCACACAGCUGAAUCCCAGCCUUCAGAUAAGCAAGUAGGCUUCUCAGGUGGUACUCCAGUAUCUUGGAGAUAUGUGAUAAAGACUACCUAGGUACUGUCCAGCA